CGUUCAUCAUGUACAUAUAUAACCUUAUAACACAAACUCAUAUCUCCCACAUCUCUUCCACAACAUUUACUUCAUUCAUUAGCUAGUCUUUUAGUUUUAAAAUCUAACAAAAGUUAAUGACUGCAAACCACUUAUACUGUCUUAUAACCAUGGAAAAGAGUUCCUUGUCCCAAUGCAAACACUCUUCUUCUUCUUCUUUCCCUUUGUUUGGUCUGGUGGAUUUUUUCCUCAUCGUUUUUUUCAGAUGGUUUUCUUUCACUCAGAUAAUUUUGUUCAGGUUCUGUCCUCUUCUUGAACACCCGCAGUGUGUUUCCGAGAAGAAGAGCAAAGAUCUCGAAGUCCAGAGUUUGAUCAAACAUGAUGAUGGUCUUUGCAUAGAAGAUGCAGAGAUGGUGAUGCAAAGCUUAGGACUUUUCACCGACCCAGAAAGAGAGGGACUUCAGAAACGUUACAGUUCAAAGGAGCUUUCGAAUCUGUUUGAAGAUAAAGAGCCGAGCUUGGAGGAAGUGAAGCAAGCUUUUGAUGUCUUUGAUGAAAACAGAGAUGGCUUUCUUGAUCCCAUAGAUCUGCAGAGAAUUUUGACAAUCCUUGGUUUAAAGCAAGGAUCUAACCUUGAGAACUGCAGGAGAAUGAUCAGAUCAUUCGAGGGAAACAAGGAUGGAAGAAUUGAUUUCCAUGGAUUUGUGAAAUUCAUGGAGAACAACUUCUGCUGAAAUCAUAGUUUCUGGAGUAAGAAUCUAUCAACUUCUGCACUUUUUUUUCUUUUCUUUCUUGCUUUGGUUUAAGCUUGGAGACUGUGUCUCUUAAUAUUGCUGUAUCUUCUUGUAGAAAAACUAUGCAACUUCAAUAUCAAAAGCUCCUAUAGAGAACAAAACCAA